CAUUUAAUCAGAUAUCACGGAGGAGGAGAGGUUAAUUAACUAGAGCAAAAUGGCAAGAUUGUUGUCUAUGAGAGCUCUUGGGAUGGCUGCAAAUCAUGGUCAUCAUCAUCAAGCUGGUGUUUUGCAGCAUGAGGGUUCCGGGAUCAUCUUCAUUGUCGGGAUGAUUGUUAUGUCUGUUGCAAUUCUGUCUCUUGUCGUCUUUGGUUGUGCCGAUGGAGCGCGUCGACGUCGGAAGAGACAUGGAGGGUUCGUCGGUGGAUAUUAUGGGGGUGGUGGAGGUGGUGGUGCUUGCGGCGGUGGCGGCGGUGGAGGAGGUUGCGGCGGUGGUGGAGGUGGCGGUGGAGGUUGUGGCGGUGGCGGCGGUGGUGGCGGUUGCUAAAAUGUGUUUGUCAUCCUAGUUCCGGCAUACACCGUCCAAGAUAUAUAUUUUUUUGAGUAUUAUACGUGCUCUAGUCCAAUUAAAUUUGCCUGCACUGUAUAAUAUAUAGUUUCAUCCAUACUACGUUUAGAAAUUAGGUCUGAUAAAUCUUGUACUCUUACAGAUUUUCCACAUGUGUAAUUCAUGAGGUGCGUGGGAAUAGCCGAAUAGGGCAUGUAUAUACAUAUGACACCAAAUCAUUAUGUAGUACAUUUGUAUGUAUUGAAAUAUCUGAGAGAGUUGAUGGAGGUAGGGGUUCUGAUCACCCACUACGUUUUUUCAUAAUUAAUAAUGUAUGC